UAUAGAUGCAGUCUCAGUCUGUUCAUCAGCGGCGCUGCGCGUGCACACGGAGCGCGAGCUCUCUAUUGGCUGAGCGGAGCGGAGCGCCCGGCUCUAACACAGCAGAAGCAGCAGCAUGCGCCCCGCACACACGCGCGCGCACACCGUACAGCACCCCGCACAGCAGCCCGCGCGCGGUGGAGACAACACGCACACCGCGGAGCGCAGCAGCAGCAGCAGCGCGCACUGAGCGGCGCGCGGACCGUAGCGGCACGCGACUGUGCGCGACAGAACAUUAAAGGAGGAUCUGGGAGUAAAGGCGCGCGAGGCGAGGCUCGAUUCGACUUGGCUCUGUUCGGUUCGGAUACGCGCAGGGCGCGCGCUCACACCCUCGCCCACGAGCUGAGAACACAAACUGGACUUCUGCUCGUGAGUGCUGGAAACUGUUUGUGAGUGUGUGUGUGUGAGAGAGAGAGUGUGUGUGUGUGUGUGUGAGAGACAUCUCGACAAUCACUCUUAAUCCAGAUGUGCUAAAAAAAAAAAUCACGUUGCAUGCAAUUCGAUUAAAAUACACACACAUCUGUGGUGUCCAAAUACUUUGACACUCUUGCAACAACAACACUUGAGAUAUUAAGAUAAAACUGUGCUAAAACUAAAAACACCUUACAGACAAAGUGUUUCCAUGCAGCCGCACUCGUCUACAACUUCUGUGUUGUAGUUGCAAAGUGUCCAAAUACUUAUGAAAAAAAAUUGAUUUGAGUCACACCUAUGACACAUGAUUUAAAGUUACACUUAUAAAACAAGUCAAGCUGAGCGAAGUCUAUCACUAGCUGUGUUAAACUAGAAGUCGUUGGUGUCCAAUUACUUUUGGUAUCAUAUGACAACUAAUGCCAAAAGUUGCGACAAUAUUGAACUGGCACAUAGUGUGUUUAAAAGUGUCCAAAUUCUUUUAACACACAAUUUUACUCACAUUUACGACACAACAUAUGCUAAAAUGUAGAGCUACAUUUAUAUAACACAAACAAUGUAAUGUAAAGUUUGUCACUACUUACAAAGUCACAUUUGUGUUAAAGUAGAAGUGUCAGAAGUGUCCAAAUAUUUUUGGUAUCAUAUGACAACAUGCACUAAGAGUUGCGAUAAUAUUAGAACUAAAAAUAAGUGUGUUUAAAAAAAAAAAAACUCUCACACUGACUUGUUGUUUUUGAGCAACACACAUCACUUUUGUGUUGUAGCUGCAAAGUGUCCAAAUACUUUUGACAUAAGAUGUGCUAAAACUUCUAAAAAAGGUUAAAAAAAAAAUCAGAAAUUAGAAAAAAGUGUUUGGUUUAGGCACAUAGCUUUUUCACAUUUGGGCUUCCUUGACACUCGAUAAACACUUUGUUUUGUCCGAAUACUUUUGUUAUAUUAGUUUUUAGCUCAUUUAAAACAUGCGUGUUAUUUUCUGUUUAUUGCAAUUGAACUAAAAGCACUAAUUUGUGCUUUGAUAGAAAUUGUGCUUAAAAACACAAACAGUGCACAUCACUUUGUGUCAGUUUGUGUAGCUGCACAUCACUUUCACACUUUUACAUUUGCACAACAUACACACGUGUCUAAAUACUUUCGGCACAUGCACAAAAAAUCGUGCAAGCUUCUUUAACACGGAUAAUGCAGUAAUGCAUUUACGCAUUGCGCAUUCUAAAAGUGUGUUCUAAUCACACUCUUAAAACAACGGAAAAUUGCUGAGCAUGUUCUUUAUUAUUAUUUUUUGUGUCUGAAUACUUUUGGCUUGUCAAAAUUGUCUUCUCUGUUAACACAGAUGAUGCAUUUAAAUACAUUUUAAUUACACUGUAAUCUGAGCAGCACCUCUAUAUUUAUAUUUCUAAUUAUAUAAAUAUAAAAACAUAUAAACACAGUGUUAUAAUGCGAUUAGCUGGAUGGCUGUGAUUAAAGGACGCACUCUGCUCUGUACUACAACACUGCUAGGUGUGCUGCUUACCCGCACAUCAGAUUUGAGAGUGCGCGAGAGUGUGUGAGAGUGUAUAUGCGCGCGAGAGAGCGAGUGUGUGUGCAUGGGUUUCCACAUGGCGUGCUACUACAUCGUCAUCAGCUCCACACACCUCAGCAACGGACACUUCCGCAACAUCAAGGGAGUCUUCAGAGGACCGCUGUGCAGCAAGAGCCUGGAUUAUGCUGAGAAGGAGAAAACCUUGGCCAAAGCCCUGGAGGACCUGAAGGCCAACUUCUAUUGUCAGCUGUGCGACAAGCAGUACUACAAACACCAGGAAUUCGACAACCACAUCAACUCUUACGACCACGCGCACAAGCAGAGGCUGAAGGAGCUGAAGCAGAGGGAGUUUGCUCGUAACGUGGCCUCCAAGUCCCGUAAAGAUGAGCGGAAGCAGGAGAGAGCUCUGCGAAGACUGCAUGAACUGGCGGAGCAGCGCCGAGAAGUUCAGUGCGCCCCAGGGAGCGGCCCUAUGUUCAAAUCCACCACGGUAGCAGUGGAAGGCAGCUUCAGGGAUCCGCAGGAGGAGAACCAGAGCACCGGAGGGCUGGAACCUGGAGCCCAGAACCAGCUGAACGGCUGCAAGCAGACCACGUGGGCAUACGGCGGAAAAACGGCCAAGAAGCAAGCGCUCAGACGCAAAAUAGCCUUCUCCUUUUCCUUCCCGAAGAAAGCUUCAGUGAAGCUGGAGUCUUCGGCCGCAGUUUUCUGUGAGGCUCUGGAGGAGGGAACGGUGGAGCGAAGCAGCAGGACACAGGUUCCAUUUGUGGAGCUUGACCUACCUGACUCGCCAGGUGAGGAAAAACAGGCGAACUGCAAGGAAACACUUUGUUGCGAUGCAGAAAGCAGUAAUGUGGGCAAUCAGGAAUCUCCAGAAAGGCCUGCUGGAGUGGACGGGCUGGGGCAUGUUUCUUCAGAUUUGUGCGCGUUCCUCGUUUACUCUGAGGACACAAGCAUGUCUCCUGUUUCCAAUUCAGACUUACCCAGUAACUCUGAAACUGCUGUGGACUCUGAGAACCACGUGGAGUGCGCUGUGGCUGAGCAAAAAGAAGUCAGCAGUCAGGAUGAGACUUGCGGCGACAGCAAAGAGAUGGCAUUGUCUGUGAGUGACCCCCCAGUAAAGACCUCCUCUGAGGUGCCACCUGAGCACGAUUCCUUUCAAAGCGAAGGAAAAGAAGCAGAUGCGGCUGCUGCAAAACCCCCUAGCCAUUUCUCCAAGCCUAGUCAGCCUUUUUUCUCUGUCCUUGGCAGGGACGGUAAAACCAUCUUUCAGUGGCCUUCCGAGAUGGUUUCCUUUACCAGAACGGAGCCUUCCUUGUCUUUCAGUUGCAAUCCGCUUCUUUUCGACUUCAGGGCAUCACAGAUCAGAAGGUGCCCUGAUGCGCAGGAGGCAACUGAACCCAAAAUUGAUGAGGAGUCCUGUUCCAGCAGCUCAGCCAACAGUGCACAGAAAUCCUCCUGCUUGGAAAGACACACAGAGGAGGCCUCAUGUGGCCACAGGGCAGAGAGCAAGGUCAGAAAGUGCCAUCAGUAUUCAAGUGAUACGGAAGGCAGUGUACGACCCAAAGUGCACAGCAGAUGCAGGCAUACCAAAGAUUGGCCUCACGCCGGCAAGAGAGCGGAGGACAAAUUGCGGGCUAGAGAUCGGCGCCAUUACAGGAGCCAGCACAAAAAGAGACACAAACGGCAUCACAAGAGAAGAAGGAGGAGGGAGGUGGAGGAUGACGAAGAGGAGCAGAAUGAGAGCGCCGUGGAGAAAUGCGCAAAAUCCCACAGACGAGCAGAGAGCCGGGAAGAGCUUGAUAGCCAAUUUAGAGGCGCCACUUCACAGCAAGCGCAGCCAUUAGAGAAGUCAAAGCAAUCAGCUCAAAAUCAGGCAGAGAACAACAGCAUCGCUCCUGCCGAGCAGAGGGAGGAGGCGGGCAGGAUAAACGGCUCCACGGGAGGCUCUGAUGAACCUUGGGCCUGCAGUGAAAAGGUGCUGGGAAACUGCAGCGGGACGGCAGGGGAGGCAGGCAUAACAGGACACGGCUCAAGCUGCCUCAACACACCUCCCUCUGAGAGUGAAGCCUCAGAUCACAGCAGCCUGGGGCUAGAAGCUCCAGACUCUGCAGAGAGGGACGUUGAGGAUCUGCACAAAGGAAAGAUGCCAAAGAAACGACACAGCAACUCAACCAGCGAGGACGAGGAAGAGACCUGUUCGGAUCUGACGCAGUGCAUUUGCUGCGGACCCAUGAAAGAAGACAACAGUGUUGAAGAAGGCUUUAAUAUGCUUUGCCCAAAACACGCAAGAAAAAGGCAAAAGCUGGCGCAAAUCUGUCCCCAGCCUUCUCACCCUGCAAACGAACAUCCUGUUGCUGAAAGCACUGCUCCGAAUAUGAAGGGCCAGGCCUCCGUGGUGGAGUCAGCGGUGAAUGAUUUAAAAGCAGUGUGUGACAGCUCCAAUGGGCCAGACCAAAUCUCAUGCAGUAUUGAUGACUUAGAGAGUGGUGCGGUUGAUUGUCAGAUACUGACUUCCAUUAGCGGUGCCCCAGGUCAAACGGCCGUGGAUAACAGCUGCUGCCAGCCGAACUCAAACCCUUCCCCCACUCAGAUCAAUGCUCAGAGCGGAAAGGGCACUCAUCCCCUACCUGCGGGAGACUCUGGACCUGCAGAGAUCCUGACAAGCACAAAGGAGCUCGCUAAGAUCCUGUCUAGAGCGGAGCAGGGCUCCGUAAAGGAUUGUAAAACGUGUGCCGCGGCAGCUCAAGUUUGCCUGCUGGAUGUGAGAGAGAUCUUCCAGAGGAAGCCAGAGAAAAUCAGUCACGAUAAAUCGUGUCAGCACAGCCCACAGCCUCUGCAGCCACCGAGGUUUCACCUACCGGAGAACGAACAGCUCACCCUGAAGGGCCUGCUGGAUGUGAGAGAAAGUGGCCUGCGAAAAGUAGCGAAAGAAAAAGUCAGUCAUGAUAAAUCAUGUCAGCACAGCCCACAGAUGCAGAGAUUUCACCUUCCGGAAGAGGAGGGCUUGUGCCUCGGCAGAAACCAGUUCCACGCUGCUCAUUGUUUCCAGGCCCACACAGAAAGUAUGGAAAGACACUGCAUCCUACAGGCCCAUGCCCACAGACAGGUUUUACACCAGCAGGUGUUUCCCACCAAGCUAAAACCAGUCUUGCCAAGAGGUUCACUCCAAGUCUCCAGUCCCAUCCUGCACCCGGUCCACAUGUCCUCGACGGUGCCCUCAGGAUCCAUCACAAUCCGCCACACCAUCCUUCAGCACCACGCCACUUUCCUUCCGCCGCAGCCUCCCCCGAUCUUCCCUCAGGUAGUUCCAAUGACUCGCCUCCCUCUUCCACCGGAAAUCUGCCCACCUGCUGCCACGCCUGCCUUCGUCACACCUUCCCAGGUGUCUGUGGUGGGUCCGCCCACUCUCCACCCAGCGGCUGUGACGUUUCAUGCCCUUCCGCGUCCGACCCCGGUCUUUCCACCGAUCCUACAUCGCCCCGCGGCGUUUACGUCCGUUUUGCAACCCCACCCUGCUGUCAUCUCCCUGCAGCCUCUCUUCUAGAUGCACGAACAGAACAUGAACACUAUCGGUUCCCUUAUGAACAGAAAUUAAAAGCAACAGGGACAAAAACAAAAACAGAUUGCAAAGGGUUUCCCAGCAAGGGAUUAAGCUUUUUCACCAGCUAUAUUUUUUCCUUCUUUCCCUUCCUUGGAAAAACCCAGUGUAUUCCAGGACUAGGCUUAAUCCCUGUCUGGGAAACCAGCCCAGAGAAAAGUUAAUAAAAAGAAAUUUCCAGAGCGAAAACUUGGAGAACUCUAGAAGAUUUCUAGAAGUACUAGAAAUAACCACAAGCGAAGUUAUUCAUUCUAUCAUUAUCAUAUGUCUGUUUGUUUUUCAUUCCCUGCAUCAUUUCUAAUCCCACAAAGCAAUGUACCAGUCCAACAUUACAGUGCUUGAAGGCUUCUGACAUUAACGAGGAAAACAGGCAACAAACAAGUGGACUGUUUGUACCUUAGGGGGUAAAAAAUAGCUCUGUUUUCAUUUUUUUUGUUGUUGUGUUUUACCAAAUGUGUUUCACAGAUAAGACGUCACAGCCAUUGGGGUUUCCUUUUAUCAAAAUAAAUGAGCAAAUCCCUGUUUUAAUCUGUCAGGUAGACGAGCAACUAAUCCAAAAGGAUUUAUAUUUAACCUUGAGCCAUGACUCUGCAUCAGAAAAGACGAGGAGCGUCUGGUGUUCUGGUGUUGGAGCGUUUUGAGUGUUUAGUGUUUAGUGGAUUUAGCGAGCAGAAUUGGCAUUUAAAUGCUGUUGUACACCACGUUUCAGAGAUUUCUCACUGUAAAAGGGUUGCACCUCUCUCUCUGCGGCAUUGCUGUGGAGUUUAAUGCCCACCCACAGCUCUUUUUGUUUUGUGUUCUCAUGUACAGUUUGCUCAUCAUGCGACAAAGCUCGAAAUUAGCUCAGUGAUCAUGGCAACCACCAGGUAUUCUGGGCUGCAGGUGUGCGUGUGUGUAGGAUUAAGCUGUAGCAGCGACAAAGCAGCCGUUUCAGUGUUUGUUUAUUGCGAUUUAGAGGCUCAUGUUAAAACAGCGAAUGCAAAAAUGCAUGUUGCCUUUUUUUCCCUUUCUCUCUUUUUUUUGGGUGAAAUCGUUUUGACGACGCUAGCGCAGACCCCAGCGCAGCAGAUGCUCAGCGAGGCAGAUCCUGUUUGGACUCCAGUGUGUGCUUAAUGCAGCCUGAUGCAUAUUUAACUAACACUGACCUCAGCUGCAGCUCGUUGGGUUUCGUAUGAAAGCAAGCACGGACGUGACGAAGCGUGAAAAAACACAAGUGACCGUUGCCUCCUGUUUCUCGCUUUGGCUCGGAUUUUGAAGACUUUCUGUUGGGCUGUUGGAAAUCAGGACAUCAGAUUGGAAAGUGUAUGGAUUCAUUCAGACAUGGCAAAUUAAAAAUAACAGAAUUCUAUGGAUAUUACAAUUACUGUCGCCAUUGCUUUAAUGCUGUAACAUGGCAUAUCUAGUACAAUAUAACAAUUAGGCUUCAUUUCUUUUGUUCUGCAUCAGUACAACACUUUAAUGUUGCAAUUAAAUCCAGCAGUCAGUUGCACCAGCUGAGCAUAAACCAGAACAUAGCUUAAACAUUAAACAUGAAACAUGAAUUGCACUUACCAUUGAGUUUGGGUGCUACUAAAUUAGUGAUCCCCCACAGCGCCCCCCCCCCAUACUGUGGCAAUCGUAAAUGCAAAGGUGUGAAAAGUUGUUGAGUUGUAUAAGCAUGCUGCAUAUGAAACUCUUCCUCAAACCCCAUUGUCUACAGUGGCUAAGAAAAUAAAAUACUCAGAAAUAAACAAGUUUAAACGAGAUUUAAAUCGGAUCUCCGGUUGAUUCUGCGUUUUUCAGAGACCUUAAAUAUACACUAGGAAAGCAGGGUUUGACAAGGUAGCAUGAUUUGACAGAAACAAGGGUAGGCAGCAGGUAGGCGUUCUCUGUUGUAGUGCUGUUAGCCAAUCAGAAGCGAUAUGUUUGCAUGUAUGAAUAUUCAUGAGCAUUCAUUGGCAUUCAUUCAGACUAGAGACCACAACUAGACAUUUUAAAAUAUAUGCAAAAAACGAUGGAAUGAGACCUAAAAAGUAAAAAAAGUUAAAAGUACUGGUUUGUGUAAAAAAAUAAAAUACUACGUGUAAAAAAUACUACUAUAUACAGUAUUACUAUUAUACAGUAGCACCCAACCCUACUUUAUACCCUAACCUCAGAUCAGAUUAAAGUUCAGCUGGUGAAACUGAUUGCAGAACAGCAUCCCUUUAAAAUAAGCCAAAUUUUAUUGAAGCAUUAGCGGCUGCGCUGUUUCUGAAUGAAUUAUACUCUAUGAUUUAUAUCUCUGGGGCUGAAUAUUAGCCCUCCCAGCUUCAGAAUGAGCCCACUGAUGCAGUACAACCAAACGACGCAGGCGAAUGAUCUGCCGUCGCUCUGUAUCGUCCGCGUCGUAUCACGAAUAUUUACGUACUGUGCAGCGCUGUAAUAAUAACCGCUGGGAUAUGAAAGAUAAGAGCACAUGUUUUUCUUCUUUUUUUUCCUCUAUCGCAUAUUGCAUUAAUGGAUCAUGUUUCUCCGUCUUGCAUCAGAUCCAAAAUAUUUCUGAUUCCUUCGCUCGCCCAGGCCGCGGGAACAUUCAGAAGAGUUAGCCGAGGAGUUUAACCCCUUAAAACAUGAGAUACUAAUGAUUACGUUAUCAAUCGUUCAGCGAGAAAAACUGCUGUAUAGUUUUACUAUACUGUUCAGUUCAAAGAUUGGCAUCGUGGCAUGCCACAGGGUUCUAUAUUAGGCCCUAUAAAAAUUAUAUAUUAAAAUUAAUGUGUAUUUUCGAAAUUUGGUGGAAGCUUUACUACUAAUACAAGAUACAGUAGGUCUUUAGUUAGAUUCGGUAACACUUUCUGUGUGUGCGAUGUUUAUAAGACAUUUUAAACAUAUUCAGAAUGUGUUAUAAUGCAUUUAUAAAGUUAUAUAUACAAACAUGGUUAUAAUAUGUGUAUCACAUAAUAUAUUCAUGUUUGUUAUCCAUGACAAAUUGUGACCAUAUUUUUUUGCUACACCAAUAAAAGUAAAAGUACUGGUUUGUAUAAAAAAAAUAAAGGUAACACUUUCUGUAAAUGUCAUCUCUAUUAGACUCUAUAACCACAUUCAUAAUAUAUUAUAAUGCAUUCAUGAGGCAUUAUAAACAUGGCUAUAAAUAUUUAUAAAAAUGCAUAACCCAUUAUAGCCAUUUACUAUUAAGCAUUAUGACUUAUAAUACAUUAUAAUCUGGCACUUUACUUAGAGCGCACAAGACCUGUUAUAAUACAUUUUAACUGAUUAUAACUAAUACUAUUUUCAAGUCAAGAAUAAUUUAUGAGUCCUUGGGCCAGACUCCCAACACUACACUGACCCGGCUCAACAACCUUGUAAUUCACUGGAUAAGAGCAUUAGCAAAAUAUUAUAAAUCAGUACCACUUUAAAAUAAGACUACUUUUAUAAAUGGCUUAUAAAUGGUUUAUAAACUAUAUCAUAAAGUAUUAUUGAUUAGGUUGUAAAUGCCUUAAAACCACUGAUAAGCAGCUACAACACAUCAAUUAAAAGGGAAACAGUGAUUUAAUUUAUUGUUAAUAUUUAAACAUACUUACAAAUAUAUUAAUAUGGCAGGUUUAAUGCUGAUUGAUAUAAAACACAAAGUAAGAUCAGUAUCUAGAAAGAUCUGAGGUUUGAUAGUAGAAAUCAGUGUGGAAUCACUGCUUUGCCAUUUUUUUUAAACAGCAUUGUUAACAUCUUUAAUCUAAUACUAUUCUAACACUUAUUUCUGGCAGCAGCAAGUUUUUUUUUGCCUUAUUAUCACGCAUUAUAAUGCAUUAUACAUGUGUUAUAAAUAUGUUAUAAAUAUGUUAUAGACAUGACAUCCUUAGAAAGUGUUACUGUUAUUUUUACAGUGUGCAGUAUUUUAUAUAUAUAUAUAUAUAUAUAUAUAUAUAUAUA